AUGGUUCGCCACGCUAUCAUUUUGCCUUUCUUUGCUUGGGGACAUCUGAGGCCCGAGUGCGCCCUCGCUGUGACCUUGUUACGGCGAUAUACCGACUUGGUCAUCUGUGAGUCCCUCUCUCUCGAUCCUGUCCUGAUCACUGACUUCGAUUCUCAGCUUUCCUAUGCGAAGGUCGACUUUGUCAAACGCGCAAAGGAUGAGAUGGCACGACAGUGUGUGUCGGAGGAAGAGCGGGACUCCCUCCUCUCUCGCGUCCGUGUUAUCGCAUAUGGCUUUCCUCAGCCGCCAAUGACACCAGAGCUCAUCCAAAUGGUCAUGUCCAUGGACCCGCGGCAUAUUCAUAACCCAACGAUGGAGUCAUGCUCUGACGCAGUGGACAUGAUCGAGAAACUCAUCGGAGAGCGGGUCUUCCUCGACAAGCUGGGGCAGGACUGGGGCCCUGUAGGUGCCGUGCCCAAUAUGCUCAUUGCAGAUGUCAUGAUGGGCAAUGUCAUUCUGCCUGUGAAGGAGAAACACAACAUCUGGGUGUUCCUUUGGUGGGUUGGGAAUACAGCGUCUUUCACCCGGAUGUUUGCCCCGCUUAAGCACGGAGGCCGGGCGGAGGGUUAUGCCGACGAGUGCGAGGCCAUCUUUGCCGACGAGGAAAGGCGGAAUGGCCGACCAUUUGGCGACAUCGCGCGUGAUAUGUGGAUCCGAGACCAUCGUGUGCCUGGGGAUGUCGUACGCCUCGCAGGCAUGCCGCCGUAUUUCCAGUGGGAAGACUUCCCGCAGCAGUUCUGGUUCCCUACUAUCUACUCCUCGCUUGCCGUGGGAGGCAAGGUAGUCGACGCAGCAGAUGGGUUCAUGAUGACCACUCUGGAGGAACUGGAGACAGACGCGCAUAGGGACAUGAUCCAAUGGGCUCGACCUCGUCGUGUGCUCUGCUUCGGUCCCCAGCUUCCUCCCGCUCUUCUGUCUGGAGAGGGCCACGCAUCCGCUGAGGUGCUUGCCAAAAUGGAUGUGAAAUACCACGCGGGCUUGGCUGGUGCAACCCAUGGGCACACGAACGGUGCAACGAACGGGCACGCGAACGGUAACACCAACGGUUAUGCACCUGUCGACCCUGCGAUCGCCUUCCUCGACAAGGCGCUCUCAGUGCACGGUCCACACAGCGCGAUCUACAUCUCGUUCGGGUCUGUCUUCUUCCCAGCCGAAAUGCAUAUCAAGGCACUGUUCGAGACGUUGCUGACUCUCGAGAAACCGAUGCCAUUUAUUAUCACAAUAUCGAGGGGAAGUUUACUAGAUGAGAUGAAGGCUGCUCUUGAGCAGAGUGGGCGUGGGUUGGUCGUUCCAUGGGCGCCGCAGCAAGCGAUGCUUUCUCACCCAGGUCUGGGAUGGAUGCUGACCCACUGCGGAGGUGGUGGAACGUUUGAAUCCCUGUCCUCGGCCGUGCCCGUUAUCGCCUGGCCAUUCAUGGGCGAUCAACCUCAACACGCGCUGUGGGUGUCUCAAGUGCUGGACACUGGCUUCGACCUCAUACAAGUGCGCAACGGCGUCCCCGGUGUGCCCGCGCUGCGUGGUGAUAUGGCCGCUGGGGGCACCGGCAUCUUAGGCACGGAAGAGGCGAUCAAGGCCGAGCUGCGGGAGACGUUGGAACGUGCGCAGGGGAAGGAUGGUUUGAGGAAGAGGGAAAAUGCGAAGAAGGUCAAGAAGAUCAUAUUGAAUGCCGUGAAGGAAGGCGGAAGCGUGCACAAGGCGUUAGGGGAACUUGACUUCUUGUUAUGA